AUGGACACAUCUAUCUCUAACUGUGACAUCACUGGACUGUAUUAUAUAUCUCUCACCGUGACAUCAUUGGAUACAUCUAUCCAUAACUGUGACAUCACUGGACUGUAUUAUAUAUCUCUCACUGUGACAUCACUGGAUACAUCUAUCUCUAACUGUGACAUCACUGGACUGUAUUAUAUAUCUCUCACCGUGACAUCACUGGAUACAUCUAUCCAUAACUGUGACAUCACUGGACUGCAUUAUAUAUCUCUCACCGUGACAUCACUGGAUACAUCUAUCAAUAACUGUGACAUUACUGGACUGUAUUAUAUAUCUCUCAUCGUGACAUCACUGGAUACAUCUAUCCCUAACUGUGACAUCACUGGACUGUAUUAUAUAUCUCUCAUCGUGACAUCACUGGAUACAUCUAUCAAUAACUGUGACAUCACUGGACUGUAUUAUAUAUCUCUCAUCGUGACAUCACUGGAUACAUCUAUCCCUAACUGUGACAUCACUGGACUGUAUUAUAUAUCUCUCACCGUGACAUCACUAGAUAUAUCUAUCUCUAACUGUGACAUCACUGGACUGCAUUAUAUAUCUCUCACCGUGACAUCAAUGGACACAUCUAUCCAUAACUGUGACAUUACUGGACUGUAUUAUAUAUCUCUCAUCGUGACAUCACUGGAUACAUCUAUCAAUAACUGUGACAUCACUGGACCGGUGUGUCAGGAGAGAGUCAUUGUUUGUUAA